ACCGGAAGUGGCCGUAGGCCGGCGUCCGGGCCGCGCCCGCAGUGAGUGAGCUUUCCUCCGGCCGGCGACGCCAUGGAGCCCGGGGCCGCAGAGCUGUACGAUCAGGCCCUGCUGGGCAUCCUGCAGCACGUGGGCAACGUCCAGGACUUUCUGCGUGUGCUCUUCGGCUUUCUCUACCGCAAGACCGACUUCUACCGCCUGCUGCGCCACCCGUCGGACCGCAUGGGCUUCCCUCCGGGGGCCGCGCAGGCGCUGGUGCUGCAGGUAUUCAAAACCUUUGACCGCAUGGCCCGUCAGGAUGAUGAAAAGAGGAGAAAAGAGCUGGAGGAGAAGAUCAAGAGGAGGGAAGAAGAGGAGGCCACGGCUGUGGCAGCUGCCUCAGCUGAACAGGAGCUGGUCCCAGCCCCGGUUCAGGAGGUGGAAGUUGACUCCACCACAGACGAGGGCAGGCCUCAGGAGCCUCCCAGCCCACAGGGCACCGUGCAGGAGGUGGCCCGCGGCUCCAGGGAGGCAGAGCCACCGGGAGCAGGUGCUGGCGCUGCUGAAGUCCCGAGGGAACCACCAGCUCUUCCCAAGAGGCAGGAGCAGUUCCAGAGAAACCCUGACAGCUACAAUGGUGCUGUGCGUGAGAACUACACCUGGUCCCAGGACUACACCGACCUGGAGCUCAAGGUGCCAGUGCCCAAGCAUGUGGUGAAAGGCAAGCAGGUCUCCGUGGCCCUCAGCAGCAGCUCCAUCCGGGUGGCCGUGCUGGAGGAAAAUGGGGAACGCGUUCUCAUGGAAGGGAAGUUCACCCACAAGAUCAACACUGAGAGCUCUCUCUGGAGCCUCGAACCCGGGAAGUGCGUUUUGGUGAGCCUGAACAAGGUGGGCGAGUACUGGUGGAGUGCCAUCCUGGAGGGCGAGGAGCAGAUUGACAUAGACAAGAUCAACAAGGAGCGCUCCAUGGCCACGGUGGACGAGGAGGAGCACGCCGUCCUGGACAGGCUCACUUUCGACUACCACCAGAAGCUGCAGGGCAAGCCGCAGAGCCACGAGCUGUGCUCGGGGCCAGUGGCCGCUGAGCGCCCCCCGCCCACUGCCUGCAUGCCUGUCGGCCCGUCCCACCUUCGUUUCACUCAGACCUCGGAUACGAACGGCCCACCUUGCUCCUGAGAGGGCCGAGAAGCCAUGGAGGGGAGCACUUCGUGAGUGCUUACUGCAUACAGGUUGGGUUAGGUUGGGUUGGGUUGGCUGGGUCACCGUCUCUGUUGCAGCACUCCUGAGAGGAGGGGUCGAGGUUUAGAGGUCACAGCACGUGCUCAAGGCCCCGCAGCUGGUCUGGCAGCAGGGCUGGGGUCUGAACCCUGAGCUGGUUCCAGGCUUGUCCAUCAUCCCUCCCUAAGGAUCUGAAUCAUCUCUUGGUCUGGCUCUGUGACCCACCUGGGCUUGUGGCGCUGGAAGCCGGGACGACUGUUGACCGUUGGAUCACAGGCAUCUGCUGGUCUUGUCUGUGGAAAGUGGCCUCUGGCUGUAAUUGCUGAGCUCGUGGGGCACAGCACGAAGAGUACAACCCACCUCUUUUCCCAUUUAGGCAGCAGUUUGAUCCAGUUAUGCUGCAUUUGCUUGUGGCCACUGGAUGAAAGAGCAGUCUGAACCGUGGCCCAGUGGGAGGGGGCCUCGUGCAGCCAUCGAAGGUGUGGGUGUCUCCGCCCCAAAGUGGGCAGGCACUUGGCCGUGAGGCCCAAGUAGGAAGCAGGAGGUCCCUGUUGAUGAACUCAAGGAUGGGGCCGGCCAAUCAAGAAGCAUCUGAAGAAGAAUCCUGAAGAUGCUGCAGUCUAAUGGAAAGACCUCUGUGGUUUGAGUCGAAAGGGAUUCCGGAAGGAUUGCUGUGUGCCAGGCAGGGUGCUGACCAUGAGAGGGUGUGAGUGCCUGGCUGAGUGCGACGUCCUGCGGAGACCUUCAGCGGACACAGGAGCCCACGGCUGGUGGUGCAGGUGGCAGGACUCGGGAGUGACCCCUCACCCAGCUGGCCUGCUCUUGGACAGCCAGGGGCAUCCAGCUCGCUGUCCCUUACUGGGGCUAGUAAAGGACUGAUACCUCAGGGCCAUGGUAGUAGAGGUGCACCAGCACUGCUGUCUGGGACUCACCUGGGCUUAGCAGGGAUUUGGGAAGGAACAUUUGCAAACGGAGCCUGACCUCCCAGGCUUCCACAGGGACCUUCCUCAGCACACAGGACCUCGAAGGAAGCGCAGGGUCAGGGGCAGGUUCGGGACUGAGAGGAGAGCGAGAUGAGCCGGCAGAGCUGCCGUGGCCUGGUGGUGAGGGAGCUGGACUUCGUGGUGCUGAAGCCACGGAUAGUCUCUGUGGUCCCCAGAGGAAAGUGUCCCCAGGAGAAGAAGGAAAUGGGGGCUGGAGAGUCAGCAGGACCAGCUGGUGGCUUCAGAUGGGGGCCUGGGGAGGAAGGGCAGCUUAAGAAAGCAGGUGGUGGUGAUGACAGGCCUGGGGCAGGACCAGCGCGGGGAGCGCGCCGAGGACCUUGUGGAGCUGGAGCGUGAGGGCCUGUCAGACCCUGCCGAGGCCGGUGUGCGGGGACUCCGCAUGGGUCAGGGCUCAGAGGGGGUGGUGGGUAGGAGUUAGAGGAAGAGGGAUGGGACACAGGAGGAGGCCUGGCCCAGCAGGGCUGCCAGGAAGCUUGUUGCUGGGGCGCCAGGCUGGUCACCCUGGGACUCUGCUGGCUCCAGGAGUCAGGCCGGGGGUGGGGGUGCUUGGGCCUCUCUGGUCCCUUCUCCCUGGGGACCAGCAGUGCCCACUCCUCCAGGUGUUCUUUCCAAGGUUCCUGGCGUGUGUCUUCGUUACUGAGUUGGGAGUAGUAUCGAUUAAUCCCUAAUAUGCACUGUGUGUCUUUGACGUGUUUGCUGCUGCACCACUUAGGUUUAAUAACAGGGAAAAGAAGGCCCCUGUCAGGAGGAGGGUCCUGCAGCCUCGUCAGAUACCAGGAAUUUUCCCCUCAGCUCAGUCUGUCAGCCUAGAGGCCAGAGGAGGGCAUGGCUUUCUGGCCCUGCGGCAGUGAGUCUCUUCAUUUUUCCUUAUCAGAAGGAAGGGGAGAUGGUUCCCAGCCCAGGGGGUCCCGGGGGGAAGGAGGGCCUGCAGCAUGGGGAGGGGCCUCCCUCAUGGGCACAGCGUCCUGCUGAGCCCUGGCCCAAGCCGCAGUGCUUGGCCUGCUGCCACUCCUGAAGGCUGGAUGGUCCAGACUGGCCGCGUGCUGGCAUACCUGGUCCAGCAGCUUUGACCCCAGGGGUCGGUGACUGCUGUGGGUCCGCAGCCAGACUUCCCGAGGUCUCUCCCUCUGCGUCAGAGCCUCAGUCAUUCCCAGAUUAUCUGAGGGUGCAGGCCUUGAGGGAAAGGGGAGCAGAGACCCCCCCCUCUGUGCACCUCCGUUAGCCCUAUGGGCUGUAGCCCUUAGGCCAUUUGGAGUUUGGACAGAUGUUUCUGGUGAGAAGGGAAAGCAUCUGAACCAGGAGGAUGGCUGGUGCUUCACUGGGGACAAGGUGGGGGUGGAAUCCACAUGUGGGGAGCGCAGUCUUGCGGAGGGUCUGCUGUCACCCCGGGCAGGUCCUCUUCCAGAGGAAGCCGAGCAGAGUCCUGCUCUAGGACAUGCGGGCCUGGUGACUACAGUUAACCUCUCUAUUUUCUGU